AUGAAGCACCUCAAUGAUCGCAUCUUGGACCAGGUGGGUUCGCGAGUGGAUGAGGUGAAGAAACUGGUGAUCCUAAACCGUCCUCUUCUGGAGGAACUGCGGGGAGCGUUUGAUGACCCAGUUAAAACACGAAAACUCGCAACGCAGUUGCAGAAGGUGGACGUGCUGCUCUCUUACCUUCGGGAAAUUGGCGUUGCUUUGGCGUUUUUGUCUCUCUGUCGCGAGGCUGUUGGUGACGUUAUUAAACUUCGCGCCCCGUUCCUGGUGGACACGGCAAAGAGCAUUCGUACGUACAUGCGCCGUCAAGGCGGGGGGCGGUUGUUACCUCCAGCCACUCUUGAGCCCGACCUGAAUAAUUCAGAUGACCUUGCUCGCCUUCUUGAGGCCCAAUUACUAACCAGUAACCUUUGCACCACUAUGGGUCUCUCCUGUGACGGCCUCGACGCCAGACUCUGUGCCCUCCUCCGUCAGGCCCACCGGUCCCCCUCGAGCAUGAAUGGAAGUGGGGGAGGAGCUACAGCACCGACGGCAGAGUCCCCUCUCAAUCUGCAGUAUCACAUUGCCUGCCUUCUCAUUGUCUUUGUUGCCAACGCACUGCCUCAACUGGCCAGGGUCAAUGGGUGUGCCUACUUGGUUAAUUUAUCUGCUAAUGAGGGAAAUAUGCACUGUAUCGCCUACGCAGUCACCACAAUAAUGAUUUGCAUGUUCUCGGUCUUGAGCCCUGGCGAUUUGGAGGAGCGUUCGACGGAAUUCCUGGCACUCGCCUCCUCCAAUUUGCUUCGGCUUGGACUUGAAACCAGUUCUAACCUUGUAUCUGCUGCGGAGAUUAGUGGUGCUGGUGAUAAUGCCACAUCUUUGCGCCACUCAGGUAACCUCAACAGUGUCUCUAGUUACAACCGAGACUCGGUAUACCUUCUUUUUGAUGAAAUUGUUCGCUUAUCACCCGUGCUCACCGCCAAUCUACAGGAGGCAUGUUUUCCUUACGCAUUGAUUCGUAGUGCCUAUAACCACUUGGUGAACGCGAAUUUACGACUUCAGCAUCACCAAGCGAAUAAUCCGCCGCAUCAUAAUCCCGAAACCACACCUCAUCAUCACUAA